ACAUUUCUGCAGUCUGUCAAAGAGCCAAUCGUGGCAUUCUUCCGGGCGGAGUCUUUAGAGACAAGUGCAGUCAGCAAGUGGCGGGUCUGUGCAAAGUUUACAGCUCAAACAAAAUGUUGGAAAGCAAAAUAAUAAAUGUGUCGGUGCGCGACGUAAGGUUCCCGACGUCACUGGAACAACACGGAUCGGAUGCAAUGCACACCGAUCCAGACUACUCCGUCGCUUAUGUUGUUCUCGAGACGGACUCGGCUGCUGCACUGAAGGGCUACGGGCUGACUUUUACUGUAGGAAGAGGGACGGAAAUCGUGGUAUGCGCAGUUAAAGCCUUAUCUACUUUGGUGGUCGGGAAGACUUUGAAGGAGAUAGUCAGCGACUUCAGAGGCUUCUACAGACUCCUGAGCAGUGAUGGUCAGAUGAGAUGGAUUGGACCAGAAAAAGGAGUAAUCCAGCUGGCGACAGCAGCUAUUCUGAAUGCUGUUUGGGAUUUAUGGGCGCGAGUGGAGGGCAAGCCCCUGUGGAAGCUUCUUGUUGACAUGGAUCCUGCAAAGUUGGUCAGCUGUAUUGAUUUCAGAUACAUCACCGAUGCACUGACUGAGCAGGAAGCUUUAGAUAUAUUGGUAAAAGCAAAAACCGGACAGAAAAGUAGAGAGGAGCAGAUGUUAAAGGAAGGCUAUCCUGCCUACACCACUUCCUGUGCCUGGCUGGGAUACACUGACCAACAACUAACCCAGCUGUGCUCUGAAGCCCUUGCCCAGGGAUGGACUAAAUUCAAAGUGAAGGUUGGGGCUGAUUUGCAGGAUGACAUCCGUAGAUGUAGCCUUAUCCGGAAGCUGAUUGGACCAAACAACACCCUGAUGAUUGAUGCCAACCAGCGAUGGGAUGUUCAUGAAGCAAUUACUUGGGUAUCCAAGCUGGCAGAGUUUCAGCCUCUAUGGAUUGAGGAGCCCACGUGUCCUGAUGAUGUUUUAGGUCAUGGUGCCAUCUCUAAGGCUCUUGCACCCUUGGGUAUUGGAGUCGCCACUGGAGAGCAGUGCCAUAACCGGGUGAUGUUUAAGCAGUUUCUCCAGGCCUCAGCUCUACAGUUUGUUCAGAUUGACAGUUGUCGGGUGGGCAGUGUAAAUGAAAACCUUGCCAUCAUACUCAUGGCUGCCAAGUUUAAUGUUCCUGUCUGUCCACAUGCUGGAGGUGUGGGACUGUGUGAACUUGUUCAGCACCUUAUCUUAUUUGACUACAUUUCAGUGUCUGCUAGUUUAAAUAAUAGGAUGUGUGAGUAUGUGGAUCACCUUCAUGAACAUUUUAAAAGCCCCACCAUUAUCAGAAAUGCCCACUACAUUCCACCAAAGGACCCUGGAUACUCUUGUCAAAUGCUGGAAGAGUCUGUGCAAAAGCACCAGUAUCCUCACGGUGAGGUUUGGAGAGCCAUUGAGCAGCAGGGGAAACAGUAAAAAUCAUCACAUACUGUACUGAAACAGCUGCUGACUGAUCGAGAUUAUAACAUUAAUACCAUAACUAAACUUGAAAUCCUAUCAGAUUGUCUUGAUUGGCAGUGCAAAGGAAUGUAAAAGAUAAAUAGCGGAUCAAAUGUUCGCUUUAAAAGCGUGUAACUGAAUAUGGAAAUUUGUAUAAUUCUUUUCAUUUUAACGAUCUUAAAAGAUGCUUACGCUUAUGCGUAUGUUGCUGUUUGAAAUGAUGAAAUGUACUUUGCAGCAGAAGAGGGAAUUCAAACAAGUGUUAGCUGGAACUACUGCUGUCCUGAUUUACAAAUCUAGACUUUGGAUGUAACUAAUUUCUUAUUACAGUUUUUUUUAUUAUUGUUUAGUUUAUCAAUUGUGCAUAUACCUACUGUAUAUGCAGUGUAUGUUUGCAUGCAUGUAUGUACUUCUGAACACUCCACUUCUCACUGAACAAGCAAAAGAGCGUUUUACAUUUAGUCAAUUUUCGGUGUGUAAAAAUGGCUGAAUGGCUGUUUAAGUACAGAGUUAGGGUUCUAAGGGUUAAAAUAGUUUCAAAAAGAAGUGUUUGCCAUAGUUUAGUAAAAAAUAGUCAACAAAUCACAUAACAAAAGGGCAAUAAGCAUAUCACAUAAAAGUAACAAAUACAUUUCAAUAAAUGUAUAUAACAUAUGGUCAACCCUACCAUAUAUAUUCUUGUAAUAACUAAAGAAAAUUAAGACAUUAAGAAAUAAAAAAAAAAUUGUUGGGCCGAUUUAAAAUUUUCAGGCAACCAGCUUCGUUUAAAGUAUUAAUUCAAUAUGUUUUAAAAACAGAUAAGUUAAUAUCACCACCUUUUUGAGGUAAUUGAACUGCUUCGAAGCCGAGCAUGUUUAAAUGAAAAAAUGCUGCUUUGUAGUUUCAGAAGGCAUGUAUAAGCAAUCAUUAAAAAAACUGUAAUAUACUUGGUAAACUGUGUAAACAAAUCAAACUGAAGAAGAAUAUUUUUUGUAAUUUUUUAGGGUGCUUCUCUUUUCCUAAAGGUGCAAUGGUUAAUAAACAUUAAAUAAAAGAAA